GGAGGAGAAGAGAGCCCAGGCUGCUGCUGGCCCUGCUGCAGGAGGCUAACGAGGAAGAGGUGAUCUCAGCCCUGCUGCCUGGACAGAGCACCGAGAUGCAGCCUGUGCCCCUGCACAGCCUUUCCGAGUUGGAAAGAGCCAGUCUGCAAGAGAUUGCCCUCUACCAGCUACAGGAGAAGCUGCUGGUUGGGGAUUUCAGCCUGGAGAAAGCAGAUGGACCAAAGGGCAGUAAAUCCAUCCGCCAGAAGCUGGAGAGCUUUUCAAAGGAGAAGAAAGACUGCUCUCCUCAGACGUUUGGGAUCCCCCUCUCCCAAGUCAUCGCCAACGACCGUGCCUCCCGGCAGCUGCAGGAGGUGCGGAGGAGCCGCCGGCUCUGCCUGGAGGUGGAAGCCACAGUGACCCGGUUCCGGGCCCAGAGGCACAAGAGGUCCCCGAUGGGCAGGAGCCUGGUUCCCUGCGCGCUGCGCCCGGAGGAGCCGCUCUCCCCAGCUUUCCCCGACAGCAGCUCCUGGAGCCAGCGCAGGGGGGCGAUGUCUGUGGAUUCCAUCACUGACCUGAGCGACAACACUUCCAAGCUGCUGGAAGCUCUGCAGUUGUCCCACCCCCACGAGCUGGAUCCACGGAGAAGCCUGGGCAAGAAAAAGAUGUUGAGCCUCAACCCCAUUGCCUGGCAGGUCCCACGGAUCGUGGACAGGUGUUGCAAACACAUCGAGACCCACGGCCUCCAAACCGUGGGCAUCUUCCGGGUGGGGAGCUCCAAGAAAAGAGUCCAGCAGUUGCGGGAAGAGUUUGACCAAGGACUGGAUGUUUUCCUGGAUGAGCAUCAAAGUGUUCAUGAUGUGGCUGCUCUGCUCAAAGAGUUUCUUCGGGACAUGCCGGAUCCCCUGAUUCCCAGGGAGCUCUACACAGCCUUCCUGAGCACAGCCUCCCUGGCGCGCCCGGCUCAGCUGGCCGCGCUGCAGCUGCUGCUGUUCCUGCUGCCCCCCGGCCACAGCGACACGCUCCUGCGGCUCCUGCGCUUCCUGGCCCGGGUGGCCCGGCACGCCGAGAGCUCCCGCGGCCCCGACGGCCGGGAGAUUCCUGGGAAUAAAAUGACAGUUUCAAACUUGGCCACAAUCUUUGGUCCCAACAUCCUGCAGAAAGAGAAGCCUGGGGAGAAAGAUGCUGGUGCUGUGAGCUUAGAAGACAGUGCUGCCAUCAUCCUGGUGCUGCAGAGGCUGAUUGAGCACCACCACACCCUGUUCAUGGUCUCCCCAGACACGCAACGUGACGUCCUGCGGCGGCUGUUCCAGACAGACCCCGAUGCCAUCGAGUACCUGCUGCGCAGGAGGUUCCAGGCCCUGCCGAGCACAGAGCAGGAGGAUCCAAGGGAGCAGCAGGCUCCAGCCCCACAGCCCGGGCAGACCCACGCCCUGGAGAGCAGCUUGGUCACCUCAGAGCUGUACAGCAACGUCUCCUUCCUCAACCUGGAUGUUGGCAUCUAGCAAGCCAUGCCCUCUGCACUGCCUGCUGUGGGCAGCACUGGGCAGCCUUUCCCUGGCAAAACCAAGUCCUCCAUCCCACCCCACGCACCCCAGGGACUGCAGGUGCCUCUGGAGCACCCAGGGGAGCCCUGGUCCCAUGGCACGGUGGGCAGUGGAGGGACUGGGAUGGGCUGAGCUCAGGCCAAGGAAGAGGGUCUGCCCUUUGCUCCCCGACUGGCUCUGGAGGGGGAGGUGGCAGCAGCUCCCAUAGGAGAUCUGGAGCAGCCUGGCCCUCCUGCCCCACACCGUGGGGGAUCCAGUCCAGCUCUGAACAUUGCUGUGGUGGGAGCAGGUGUCCUGGAGCUAUGGCUACAGGGCUGCCUUGGUGAGCUGGUGCUUCAGGAUCUCCUAAGGAUGCUCCAAUUCCUGCUGUGGACAGAGGGUUGUCCUCACCCAGAAAACCAGCUCCUGCAGCCCUGUACACAUCAGGCAUGGACCUGUGCUCCAGCAAUGCUGGUGUCUUGCUGUGUGAGCAGGGAGCCUCGUGUCCCCACACCAGUGUCACAGCUUGUAGCAUCCAGAGGUGAUUAACCAGUGCUGGAGCCUUUCUGUGCCCUGGCCUGCUGGGAGGAGGUGUUCCACCACAGCCCUGGGGCAGCUGUUGGGUGGAAGGUCCCUGUCUGAAGGUCCUGCACUGCUCAGGGCUGGGCUUUUAUUUUGCAAAGGUCCCUUCCCUGAGGAUGGGUACAGUUGGGAUGGGUGGAGAGGCAGUUCCUGGAGAACAGCAGGCUGAAGAGAGUCGUGUGUGCUGAGAGAUAGCUGCUGAAAGCCUCCCGGGAGUUGAUAAACUCCAGGAUGAGCAGUGCUGUUGAGUCUGCUGAAGCAGAUAAACUCGAGACCCCAGGAGUCUGCUGAAGGUUUCUGAGCCCACCAGCACCCUCGAGCAUCAGCAACACCAGUGUGACCACGUCUGAGGAGGCAGCAGCUGCUCUGAGUGGGCAGAGGGCAGGAUUACACCUGCUGCAGGACAAGAUCCUCUGGGGCACCCUUCACACUUCUCACUGGAAGCCCCAGGGAUGUCAGUGUGACUCUGCUCCUCCAUCAGCAGCAGGUCUUGGUCCCCUGCAGUGCGAGGGACAGGUUAUCUCCUUGAGCUCAUUAGCAGCCACAGACUAAUGAGUUCAUGGGGCGUUGCAGUGUCUGUUGGCUGUGACCCCAUGGUGGAUCUCUGAGGGGGAGAGUUGGGAAGGGGGCAGAUCUGCAGGUUGGGAGGAGUCGUUGCAAGUG